AUGGCCACUGUGGAAAAAGAGGAUGGCGUCGAGCAGACGCCGACACUAAAUCCCGAGGUCGAGAAACCCAACGACAUGCAAUUCGAACGCGAUGCGGAGCUUGCUCCCGUGACGACGACGCCGGCGAUCGACCCGGUCAUUGAGAAGCGCGUACUCCGGAAGUUUGACACAAGAGUUCCGGUCAUCACUGGGUUUAUGUUCUUGCUGUCAUAUCUUGAUCGCAGCAAUAUCGGAAAUGCCGAAAUCGCUGGGAUGGAGCAAGAUUUGGGCUUGAAUAGCGGGAAAUAUGCUUGGCUGUUGACGAUCUUUUAUAUUUCUUAUACCCUUUUCGAGUUUCAAGCUUUAAUGUGGAAGGUUCUACCCCCUCAUCUCUGGGCUUCCCUCAUCAUGUUCGCAUGGGGCGCAGUAGCAACGUGCCAAGCAGCAGCUCAGAACUGGAGCGGCAUGAUGGCACUGCGAUUCCUUCUGGGUGCAUCAGAAGCAGGCUUUGGGCCUGGUGUGCCGUACCUCAUGUCAUUCUUCUAUACUCGUCGGGAACUAGGGCUACGCUGCGGAAUGUUUCUUUCUGCAGCCCCUCUCGCGACUACAUUCGCGGGCGCAUUGGCAUACGGAAUAACGUCGGGACAUCCACACAUUGCGCACUGGCGGCUUCUGUUCUUGGUAGAAGGCCUUCCUAGUCUUGUUUUUGUCCCGUUGGCAUGGUAUUUUCUUCCCGAUUCAGCUGUGGAGGCGAAAUUCCUGACGCCGGAAGAGAGAGAGAUUGCAAGGGCUAGAAGUUUGAGACGCAGUGGCGAAGAAGUACACUCUCAUAAGAUCGUAUGGGCCGAUAUCUUACAGACGCUUCUUGAUCCGAAGCCAUGGUUCACAGCGUUCAUGUACUUCAGCUGCAAUGUUAGUUACUCAUCACUCCCAGUGUUUCUGCCUACGAUCCUCAAGGACAUGGGUUUUACGGCUGUGAAUGCGCAAGGCCUCGAGGCUCCGCCCUUCUUCCUGGCGUUUUUGGUCACCAUCUUCUCAACCUGGAUUGCCGACAGACUGGAGCAGCGAGGUCUCAUGAUUGCGUUCCUUUCAGCCGUUGGAGCCGUCGGGUACGUGAUCAUUGCCGCGUGCAACUCUGUUGGAGUCCGGUACUUUGGCGUCUUUCUUGCUGCCAGUGGAGUAUUUCCCGCAAUCGGCAACAUUUUGCCUUGGGUUUUGAACAACCAGGGUUCAGACACGCGUCGUGGCAUGGCCAUGGUCAUCCUCAACGUGAUCGGGCAAUGUGGACCAUUCUUGGGCACCAAUGUAUUCCCUUCGAGCGAUGCACCCCGUUAUUCGCGCGGCUUAUGGAUCUCUGCGGCAUUUAUGUUCUUCAACCUUGCAUUGUCGCUGGGUCUUCGAACGCUGCUUGCAUGGGAGAACAGGAAGCUUGACAAGCAGUACGGAACCAAACAAGAGCGCCAGGCUAAUCAGAAGGGCGACUUUGUUACCGCCGAGGAGAAUUAUGGAGAGGACUUUAGGUAUUUCCUCUGA